AACCUGGAGCUUUACGGGUCGCAGUCAAGGCUCAUUUCAGAUGCCCUUUAUUCGGAUUAUUGGUUUCAUAUUUCCCAUGCGUGUCUUAGUUUGGAAAGAACUUGACUAUGGCUCCAUGACAGAAGCCGAGAAACAAAUGCUUGUUUCUGAAGUGAAUUUGCUUCGCGAACUGAAACAUCCAAACAUCGUCCGUUACUAUGAUAGAAUUAUUGACCGAACCAACACAACGCUGUACAUUGUAAUGGAAUAUUGCGAAGGAGGGGACCUGGCUAGUAUAAUUACAAAGGGAACCAAGGAAAGACAGUACUUAGAGGAAGAGUUUGUUCUUCGAGUGAUGACUCAGUUGACCCUGGCCCUAAAGGAAUGUCACAGGCGAAGUGAUGGUGGUCAUACCGUGCUACAUCGGGAUCUGAAACCAGCCAAUGUUUUCCUGGAUGGCAAGCAAAACGUUAAGCUUGGAGACUUUGGACUGGCUAGAAUAUUAAACCACGAUACAAGUUUUGCAAAAACUUUUGUAGGCACUCCUUAUUACAUGUCUCCGGAGCAGAUGAGCCGCAUGUCGUACAAUGAGAAGUCGGAUAUCUGGUCACUGGGUUGUUUGCUGUAUGAGUUGUGUGCAUUAAUGCCUCCAUUUACAGCUUUCAACCAGAAAGAAUUAGCUGGGAAGAUCCGAGAAGGCAAAUUCAGGCGAAUUCCAUAUCGUUACUCUGAUGAAUUGAAUGACAUUAUUACAAGGAUGUUAAAUUUAAAGGAUUAUCAUCGACCUUCUGUUGAAGAAAUUCUGGAGAACCCUUUGAUUGCAGACUUGGUUGCAGAAGAGCAAAGAAGAAAUCCUGAGAGAAGGGGGCGACGAUCAGGAGAACCAGAGAAGUUGCAGGAUUCCAGUCCUGUGUUAAGUGAGCUGAAACUAAAGGAAAUACAGUUACAGGAGCGAGAGCGAGCCCUCAAAGCCAGAGAGGAAAGACUGGAGCAGAAGGAACGUGAGCUUUGUGUUCGUGAGAGGCUGGCAGAGGACAAGGUGGCGAGGGCGGAGAGCCUGCUGAGGAACUACGGCCUGAGGGAGCCCCGGCGCCUGUCUGUGGCCAGUGGUCCAGAACUUCUCAAUCUCCCAUCCUCUUUAAUAAAGAAGAAAGUUCAUUUCAGCGGAGAGAGUAAGGAGAACGUCAUGAGGAGUGAGAACUCUGAGAGUCCGCUCACCUCCAAAGCCAAGUGCAAAGACUUGAAGAAGAGGCUUCAUGCUGCCCAGCUGCGCGCUCAGGCCCUGUCCGACCUGGAGAAAAAUUACCAGCUGAAAAGCAGACAGAUCCUGGGCAUGCGCUAGCCCAGCAAGAGACCCAGCUGUGUGUGGAUUCACUGCGCCAGCCCCUUAAAAGAUUGAUAUUCAACUGCCGCAGUUUGAUAUACCUGGUUCCGUGAGCCAUGCCUUUCUGUACAGUAAGCAUGAUAUUUUGGAAUUGCCUUUGCUGUUCUUCAGCAAUAAUUGUACAAAAUGCCGAUACCUUUAAUUUUUUUAUUUUUUAAAAGAACACUUUAUAGAAAGACUGUCACUUUCUUGGUUGUGCUUUUAAUCCUGUGUGUGAUUACUACUGGAACAUAAAAUAUCACAUUCUAAAUAUUGGAUGGAAAUAAUGUCAGGAAAAAAAUAUUUACCCACUUACUGAGGAGUUUUAAAUGACUGAGUGGUAUGCUUACAGUUGUCAUGUCUAGAUUUAAAACUUAAAGUCUGAAGUUUUAAAUAUUCUAGAGCUUGGAAAACCUAAUUGGAUCCAAACUGGUCACUAAUACCUUGACAUCCUGCUUACAGGAUGCCACUUAUCAAUAUCCCAUUGCUCUGUAGUGCAAAUCUGUCACCUUUUGUGAAAAUCCGGCACUGUGAUGUCUAUAUUAUUUUUUCCCUUUUUAUUCUAUCUAACUGUAUAUAGCUGGCUGUCAUUUGCUCAUCUCUUUCUCACUAAAUAAAAGAAUUCUUUAGUUUUCCUAUA